AUUCGGACGUGGGUGUUCGGAUUCUUCAUCCUGGCGCUGGCUUCAGUUUCGUCAUGUGAUAAACUGGGGGGGGCGCACGCUGCCCACGGUGCCCACGCUGACCACGCUGACCACGCUGCCCACGGUACAGCUAGCCCGGUACACUCUCCGCACCCUACUGCCGUUCCACACCUGACGUUCCCGGCUGCCCAGGGCACCUAUGCCCCGCCCUUCGCAGGGUACGCCUCGCCCACGCCCUACGCGUACCCCGUACCCACUGCAUAUGGUACGCCCAGUCCGUACGGUGGGGUACUCGCUCCCCAGUACCCAACGGCUGGGUACGGAGCGCCCUAUAGCUACCCGGCACCCCAAUACCCUGUGCCGUUGCUAGGACAAGGCACCGGCUGGGGAUUACAAGGCACCGGCUGCGGAUUACAAAAGGCACCGGCUGCGGAUUACAAGGCACCGGCUGCGGAUUACAAGGCACCGGCUGCGGAUUACAAGGCACCGGCUGCGGAUUACAAAGCUCCUGUUGUGGAUUACAAGGCACCGGCUGCGGAUUACAAGGCACCGGCUGCGGAUUACAAAGCUCCUGUUGCAGAUUACAAAGCUCCUGUUGCAGAUUACAAGGCCCCUGCUAGCGGAUAUGUAUACAAUGCACCAGAGGGAGCGCCCCACCCUGGCUACCACGCCCCGAAACCGACUUACAAGCCACCAACAGCCAGCGGGUAUGACUAUACGCCCCCUAAGUCAGAUUACUUGCCCCCAAAAUCAGAUUACGAGGCACCUUCCAGCGGAUAUGUAUACAAGGCCCCAGAAGGGGCGCCCCACCCAGGCUAUCACGCCCCGAAACCGACUUACAAGCCUCCGACUGCUUACAAAGCGCCUGCACAACACGGUUAUGACUACACACCUCCCAAAUCGGCUUACUUACCCCCAAAAUCAGAUUACGAGGCACCUGCUAGCGGAUAUGUGUACAAGGCCCCAGAAGGAGCGCCCCACCCAGGCUAUCACGCCCCGAAACCGACUUACAAGCCACCAACAGCCAGCGGGUAUGACUAUACGCCCCCUAAGUCAGAUUACUUACCCCCAAAAUCAGAUUACGAGGCACCUUCCAGCGGAUAUGUGUACAAGGCCCCAGAAGGGGCGCCCCACCCAGGCUAUCACGCCCCGAAACCGACUUACAAGCCUCCGACUGCUUACAAAGCGCCUGCACAACACGGUUAUGACUACACACCUCCCAAAUCGGCUUACUUACCCCCAAAAUCAGAUUACGAGGCACCUGCUAGCGGAUAUGUGUACAAGGCCCCAGAAGGGGCGCCCCACCCUGGCUAUCACGCCCCGAAACCGACUUACAAGCCACCAACAGCCAGCGGGUAUGACUAUACACCCCCAAAGUCAGAUUACUUGCCCCCAAAAUCAGAUUACGAGGCACCUUCUAGCGGAUAUGUGUACAAGGCCCCAGAAGGGGCGCCCCACCCAGGCUAUCACGCCCCGAAACCGACUUACAAGCCUCCGACUGCUUACAAAGCACCUGCACAACACGGUUAUGACUACACACCUCCCAAAUCGGCUUACUUACCCCCAAAAUCAGAUUACGAGGCACCUUCCAGUGGAUAUGUAUACAAGGCCCCAGAAGGGGCGCCCCACCCUGGCUAUCACGCCCCGAAACCGACUUACAAGCCACCAACAGCCAGCGGGUAUGACUAUACGCCCCCUAAGUCAGAUUACUUACCCCCAAAAUCAGAUUACGAGGCACCUUCCAGCGGAUAUGUGUACAAGGCCCCAGAGGGACUGCCCCACCGAGGCUACCACGCCCCAAAACCGACCUACAAGCCUCCAACAGCCAGCGGGUAUGACUACAUGCCUCCCAAAUCGGAUUACCUGCCCCCUAAGUCUGCCUACGAUGCCCCCAAGUCGGGCUACGAGGCUCCCAAGGCUGACGGCCACGGCUACAAAAUCCACGACCCUUCGUACUCGACCACGAUGGACCCCAACUGGAGGCCCAAGUUCACGACCCCUUACCCCGAGGGUGCCUCGUCCCUACAUUAUAAAGCUGCUUUGCGGACUGAAGUCCUGUUGAAGUACAGGGAUGUUGAAGGACUCAAGCUCCGUGAAGCACGAGGCUCCCGUGAACUCAAAGCUCCCCACUACAAAGCCCCCGCAGCAGACUACAAAGCUCCCGUUGAAGACUACAAGCCUCCGUUCGAGACUACAAAGCCCCUGAAGGAUACAAAGCUCCCUGCUACAGGUUGUACACCCCCCUGCGGCAUUGUACACCUUUCGCUGCCUGACUACGUAAGCCGAUUGUAA